AUGGCGGGGUCCGUGGGUCGCGACCGCGCCUUGGAAGCAACCGCGGAGAGCGCUCAGCUUGUUGCGCAGCCAAACCCCGAGUAUGCGCCUCCGCGUUCCCAAAUGCAGGCUCGUCCUGCUGCGUCGGCGCCCGUGCGCCGUCUUGAGCGCGGGUUGUCUCUUCCGCUGCGCGGGGCGGAUCGUCACGCGUCUCCUGAGCAAUCCCGUGCUCCCCUAGUCGUCGCGUCGAAUGCCUUGCCGGGGCAUCAGGAGCGGGGCCGGUCCUCGCCGCCUCGUGGAUAUCGACCCGCGUCCCCUGCGCGUCGCGCCCCCGAGCCGCAUGACUCUCGGCGGCGAUGGGACGAAUAUCAGCGGGAAAUUCAGCAUCGCGACCGCCGCUACCGCUCUUCUGAGAGGUCGCCGGAGAAGCGCUCCCCGCGGGAGCGGUCCCCUCCGCAGCGGACGCCGCGGCCGUCGCCUCCGCGUCGGGGCCGCGGGGCUCAUGCGGGCCGUUGGGAUUCUCGCCGCCGUGAGCAGUCCCUGCCCCGUCCUCAGUCGGCUGGGUCUGGAGGGCGUCGUGGGCGGCGGAAUGGUUAUGCGCGCGGUGGGGGUAGUCGUGGCCAAGGCUCCACUGCUGACCGCGCGGGGAAUCUGGUGGCGGAUGCAGUGCGGGAGGUGGAAGCGUCGGGGGCAGCGGCUCACAUUCACGUGUCUGUGACCACUGAGCCCCCCACCGCACCUGUUGCGGUUGAAGCCGCUCCGCUGCGCGCUCCGAACUUGCGGGAGUAUCUGCCAGCUGCAGCGGCGAGGGGGCCGUUCCGCGGACGCCGCCAAGCCCCAGGUUACCCUGCUCCUCAGAAUACGGUUGGCCAGACUCCGGGCCAGGUGGCGAUGUUUCUGCCGCGCGGAGUUCCGACUGCGCCUCUCCCCAGCCGCGCGGGGAGAGAUCCCACGCUGAGCAUGUGCCGGAUGUGGAAUUUGGCGGGGGCGGCCGAGGGGCUGGCGAGCCUGCAGCUGGCGGCGUGUGAGGCCAUGGGUCACACACCGAGCAGUUUUUCUCAAGGGCCCCAAGGACAGUGCGUCGCUUGGGCAGGAGAGAUUGUCCCCCUUUUAUCGCCCGUGUCGGAUGCGCCCGCCGGGCUGUGGGAGAGAUUUCUUAAGUCCACUCGUGCGGACUUUGCAGGACUGCAGAGGCACGUGGUGGACGUGAGCUUGCAGAUGGAGCAGUUGCGGGAGGAGAACCAGAGGCUCAGGGAGGCGCUGCAGCAACAGCAGGUACAGGGGGCAGAGGGGGGCACGCUAGAGGUAGGUGUUACGAUCACUGUACCCCACGCAGAGGCACGUGGUGGACGUGGGCAUGCAGAUGGAGCAGUUUCGGGAGGAGAACCAGAGGCUCAGGGAGGCGUUGCAGCAACAGCAGCAGCAGGUAUGGGAGACAGAUGGGGGCAGGCUACAGCGGCUUCAGAGGCCUUAAAUGUGGGUCAAAGGACACUGGUGGAGGAGAGGGUGGAGGAGAGGGAGAGGGCUGUGAGGGCGGCUCAGAGCACUUUGGACGCUCUCUCCUGUGAGCUGGCAGCAGCGCAGUCCCAGUUGUCAGCAGCGCAGCAGCAGGCGCAGUUGGAGAGAGAGGGGCGGCAGAGGCUGGCAGGGGAGCUGGCUUCCAUGCAGGCGCUGCUGCUGCAGCAGAUGCAGAUGGUGGCGGAACAGAAGGAGCUCAUUGCAAGGCUCCUUGAGCGUGAGCAGCAUCAGGCUGACGUUUUAGAGCCAGGAGGGUCAGGGACAGUGGGCCACGGGGCAGUGGGCCAAGGGGCAGUGGGCCAAGGGGCAGUGGGCCAAGGGGCAGUGGGCCAAGGGGCAGUGGGCCAAGGGGCAGUGGGCCAAGGGGCAGUGGGCCAAGGGGCAGUGGGCCAAGGGGCAGUGGGCCAAGGGGCAGUGGGCCACGGGGCAGUGGGCCAAGGGGCAGUGGGCCAAGGGGCAGUGGGCCAAGGGGCAGUGGGCCAAGGGGCAGUGGGCCAAGGGGCAGUGGGCCAAGGGGCAGUGGGCCAAGGGGCAGUGGGCCAAGGGGCAGUGGGCCAAGGGGCAGUGGGCCAAGGGGCAGUGGGCCAAGGGGCAGUGGGCCAAGGGGCAGUGGGCCAAGGGGCAGUGGGCCAAGGGGCAGUGGGCCAAGGGGCAGUGGGCCAAGGGGCAGUGGGCCAAGGGGCAGUGGGCCAAGGGGCAGUGGGCCAAGGGGCAGUGGGCCAAGGGGCAGUGGGCCAAGGGGCAGUGGGCCAAGGGGCAGUGGGCCAAGGGGCAGUGGGCCAAGGGGCAGUGGGCCAAGGGGCAGUGGGCCAAGGGGCAGUGGGCCAAGGGGCAGUGGGCCAAGGGGCAGUGGGCCCAGGAGCAGUGGGAUCAGGGGUUGUGGGAUCAGGGGCAGGGGAAUCAGGGACAGGGGAAUUAGGACCAGAGGAAUUAGGGUCAGGGGAAUCAGGGGCAGGGGAAUCAGGGGCAGGGGAAUCAGGGGUACGGGAAUCAGGGGCACGGGAAUCAGGGGUAGGGGAAUCAGGGGCAGAGGGAUCAGGGGCAGGAGGGUCACAGGUAGUGGGAUCAGAGGUAGUGAGGUCAGAGGUAGCGGGGUCAGAGGUAGUUAGGUCACAAAUAGGGAAUUCAGAAGCAGUGGGGUUAGGGAGAGAGGUUGAGGAUUGCGAGAGUAGGAGUACGGGCGAUGGGGAUGGACGGAAGGAUAAGAAGGAGAAGAGGGAGAGGAAGGAACGGAAGGAGAGAGAGAGGCAGGAGAGAAAGGAGAGAAAGGAGAGGGAAAAAAGGGAGAAGCGGGAGAAAGGGGAGAAAGGGGAGGAUAGGGAGGAGAGGGAAGAGAGGGAGGGGAGGGAGGGGAGGGAGGAGAGGGAUGAGAGGGAUGAAAGGGAACAGGAGCAGGUGGAGUGCCUUGACAGGAAGGAUGCACGAAGAGCAGAAGUGGGAGGAGUUCAGAGGAGUGCGGAUGGCAGAAAGCGAGGUGACUGGUGUGAUGAAACAGGUGGUGCGGACUAUGGUGAGGGGGAGCGAUGCAGAGGUGGGGCAGAAGAGGCAGCUGCAGCCGUGGAGAGAAAAAGAGAGGAGCAUAGAGGCCCUCAGAAUUUCGAGGCUCUGGGCGUUCUGGAAGGCAGGGCGGGCGACAAGCACUAA